AUGAUGCUUAUCCCCAACCACCACUUCCGAGACAUUGAGCGGAAGCCAGAAUACCUGCAGCCGGAGAAGUGCGCUCCGCCUCCCUACCCUGGCCCUGCGGGAACCAUGUGGUUCAUCCGCGACGGCUGCGGCAUCGCCUGUGCCAUUGUCACCUGGUUUCUGGUCCUCUACGCGGAGUUUGUGGUCCUCUUUGUCAUGCUGAUUCCAUCCCGAGACUACGUGUACAGCAUCAUCAAUGGAAUUCUGUUCAACCUGCUGGCCUUCUUGGCCCUGGCCUCCCACUGCCGGGCCAUGCUCACAGACCCCGGGGCAGUGCCCAAAGGAAACGCCACUAAAGAAUUCAUCGAGAGUUUACAACUGAAGCCCGGCCAGGUGGUGUACAAGUGUCCCAAGUGCUGCAGCAUCAAGCCCGACCGAGCGCACCAUUGCAGUGUGUGUAAGCGGUGCAUUCGGAAGAUGGACCACCACUGUCCCUGGGUCAAUAACUGUGUGGGCGAGAACAACCAGAAGUACUUCGUCCUGUUUACAAUGUACAUAGCCCUCAUCUCCCUGCACGCCCUCAUCAUGGUGGGGUUCCACUUCCUCCACUGCUUCGAAGAAGACUGGACAAAGUGCAGCUACUUCUCGCCGCCCACCACGGUGAUCCUCCUCAUCCUGCUGUGCUUCGAGGGGCUGCUCUUCCUCAUUUUCACGUCGGUGAUGUUCGGAACCCAGGUGCACUCCAUCUGCACGGACGAGACGGGAAUAGAGCAAUUGAAAAAGGAAGAGAGAAGAUGGGCUAAAAAAACAAAAUGGAUGAACCUGAAAGCCGUUUUUGGCCACCCCUUCUCUCUAGGCUGGGCCAGCCCCUUUGCCACGCCAGACCAAGGGAAGGCAGACCCGUCCCAGUACGUGGUCUGA